AUGAUCCCCCCGGAAUACUGUUAUGCAACACACGCUGGAAAGUGCCCCAAGUGUGACAACGGCUGCUACGAGGGAUGCACAUGUAUGCAAAAGCGGAUGAGACACAUUGGCCACGACCUGUAUAGCACUGGAAAGCGACUAGCCUAUCUUGAGAGUGACUACAAGGAUUAUGCUAGGCGCAAUGCAUGCCAUCGCCUUUGGGAACUGAAUAAGGACGACUCUGACUUCCAGGCACAGCAAGUCAUGUUUCGCAAUCUUGUCCGCGCAGAGGCCUGUGGAGGAGAUACUUCGCGGCGAACUUACUUAGCAGACGGCACGGUGUUACAGAGCAAACCACGCACACACCCACAGGUUUACAGGUCAGAUGGGUCCAAGCUAGGCGGAUUGCGUACAACUCUCCCUUCUUUUGAGCAAUUCAACUGCCAUCUCGACUGCAAUCCGCCGGUACCGUGCUCCAGCAAACUAACGAAGGCGAUAUGUGUGCCUCCGAAUGUGCGCCAAGGCUCUCUAUGCUGCAAGGACCUCACUAAAAGCUUCCCAUUCAAGUGUCCUAUGAUAAAUACGUCUAACGCAAAGACUACUAGGGAGAGUGAUGCCCUGCCCUGUUCUAACAAUUGUACCACCGAAAAUGCUGACGUGCCAGUAGAUAAGAUAGACCUUUCUGACCACUCUACGCCUUCCUUAGACAACAAUGACACAGGGUAUUGUAAGUGUUGCACGCCAACGGGAACCCUGGGCCGCAGUACUUCAUCCCUCGUAGAGUCUAAUCCAAAAUACGACGCCUGGCGCCGGCAGUAUCUCUCUAGAGAUCCGAAAGCAGAUAAGAAGCAUCAGUGGUUUAUGAAUGAGCAACAAAGGAUAGUUAACUCUUUACAGCGAGAUCAGAACCAGCGGAUGGAUAUGUGGGGGCGCGAGGAGGCCUGCUUGACCACGCUAAAGCAAAUGGCUGAUGAAAAAUCUCGCCGCUUGAAGAUUCUUGAGCGCGACUGUCUUCGAGAGUCUCUUGGGCUUCAGCACGACAGAGACCCAGACAGAACUCGGAUAUCUAAAAACCUCUACUUCGCUGAGUCGCCGGUUUUUGAAGUACGGCCAGCAACGACAGACCUUUCUUCCCAACCGUCCAAGGCACGAUUUGUUGAAUACCGUGAAGCAGCCAGAACCGUCAAAACCCUUCUGGACAAUACUGUAUAUAAUCCCCGGCUUCUUUCAAACACGUAA